CUUGAGAUCACGCUGUAACGAACGCUUGGAAUUAUCCGAUGCUGUUAAUGUUUUAAUUAAAUGUAUACCGUGGAUCAUAUUUGUUUUUGAAAUCCUCAUAUCACCGUGUGCCGUGCUAGUGAUUGCAGCGCAUGUCGUUAUUUAUAGUACUUUUCCGUGUUUUCGGGUAGGAUCCUGAUGUGCUGCCUCUCAGCUGCGUAAUUAACCAGGCUCUUGUUACUGUGAAGAUCACAUACAAUACACAUCACUGCGUUUGCCAGUAAAGGAGAAACAUUAUAAGAAUAUCUGACAGAUUCAGUUGCGCUGAACAAGACAAUGUCUGACAAGACCGAGAACCAAACCUCAGACUUUCCUGAUGCAAACGGAGGACGUCUAGAGGAAAACCCGGGCACUGGACUAUUAAAAGUGAAGGAAGAGGAUGAGACAGAUGAAAUACAUUGGUCUCUCCCUGCUGACGCAGAUAACACUGAUAUAGUGAAAGUUGAGAUAACAGAAGAUCUGUUUGUGAGGCAACAGCUGGGAGCAACGGAUGAGGAAACCAGUGACCGUAUCAGCCCAGGCGAAUUUACAAAUUGCACUAAUACUGAUCAUGGUCAAAAUGCUGAUACUUAUUUCACUCAUCUUCAAAAUCAAAAAAGUCACAUAGAAAAUGUAUGUUCUGAAUGUGGAAAAUGUUUUACCUUGAAGUCUACUCUUUAUAAUCACGUGAAAAAUCAUACAGGAGAGAAAGUAUUUUCAUGUUCUCACUGUGGGAAAUGUUUUACUCAGAAAUCACAUCUUAUUCGGCAUCAUACGAUUCAUACAGGAAAGAAAGCAUAUUCAUGUUAUGUCUGUGGGAAAUGUUUUACGCGGAAAUUACAUUUUAUUAAACAUCUGAACAUUCACACCGGACUGAAAGCAUUUUCAUGUUCUGACUGUGAGAAAUGUUUUACUCGGAAAUCAAAUCUUUCUCUUCAUCAGAAAAUUCAUACUAGAGAAAAAUCUUUUUCAUGUUCUGACUGUGGGAAAUGUUUUACUCGGAAAUCAAAUCUUUCUCUUCAUCAGAAAAUUCAUACUAGAGAAAAAUCUUUUUCAUGUUCUGACUGUGGGAAAUUAUUUACUAAGAAAUCAAUUCUUAAUAGUCAUCAGAAAAUUCAUACUAGAGAAAAAUCUUUUUCAUGUUCUGACUGUGGGAAAUGUUUUACUCGGAAAUCAAGUCUUAUUCUUCAUCAGAAAAUUCAUACUAGAGAAAAAGCGUUUUCAUGUUCUGACUGUGGGAAAUGUUUUACUCAGCAUGCACAACUUAUACGGCAUCAUACAAUUCAUACAGGAGAGAAACCAUUUUCAUGUUCUGACUGUGGGAAAUGUUUUGCUCGAAAAUCAACUCUUACUGAUCAUCAGAAAAUUCAUACAGGAGAGAAAGCAUAUUCAUGUUCUGACUGCGGGAAAUGUUUUAUUCAGAAAUCAACUCUUAUUGAUCAUCAGAAAAUUCAUACAGGAGAGAAAGUAUUUUCAUGUUCUGACUGUGGGAAAUGGUUUACUCGGAAAUCAAAACUUAUUGAUCAUCAGAAAAUUCACACAGGAGAGAAAACUUUUUCAUGUUCUGACUGUGGGAAAGGUUUUAUUAAAAAAUUAAAUCUUAUUGAUCAUCAGAAAACUCACACAGGAGAGAAAGCAUUUUCAUGUUCUGAUUGUGGGAAAUGUUUUACUCGGAAAGCAACACUUAGUGUUCAUCGGAAAAUUCAUACAGGAGAGAAAGCAUUUUCAUGUGUUGAGUGUGGGAAAAGUUUUAUUCAAAAAUCAAGUCUUAUUCAUCAUCAGACAAUUCAUACAGGAGAGAAAGCAUUUUCAUGUCCUGAUUGCGGGAAAUGUUUUACUAUGCAAUCAACUCUUACUGUUCAUCGGAAAAUUCAUACAGGAGAGAAAGCAUUUUCAUGUGGUGACUGUGGGAAAUGUUUUACUCGGAAAUCAACUCUUAUUCAUCAUCAGAAAAUUCAUACAGAAUAGAAAACAUUUUUUUCUUAUAGGUGGUGAGAGUCUGCAAUCCAUUACUCCUGGGAAUUAUUCUUCCUUACAACUAGGAGGAGGCAAAGAU